AUGAGAUAUCUCAAUUGGGUAGACAUCUCUCUUUCCUUUAAAGUGAUCGGUUGUAGACACCAAGCUUUUAAGGUGCCUAUAACACCUCCAACCAGUGUAGUCAUGGGACAUUCUCUAAAUUCUUGGGAUACAUCACACUGCCUCGAGAUUUUGAAGAACCAUACCACGAAUCAAGGUUCACCAUUCAGCCCUACGAUUGUCGUGGAGAUUGAUGACAUAAAAGCACGAAACUCAAAACGAACAGAUUCCAAAUUCAAAAAAACUUACUUGCGUCAAAUACAUCCGUUGAGCUCGGAAUACCGUAAGCUGCAAGCUGACAGUCUUCUGGAUGCGCUUCUUAAAGAUGGAAAAAUUAGAAUGACAACUGCUUAG